GCCAGUAACCCUUGAAUCGCGCUUUCCCUUAUUGCCGUCGUUUUCGAUUUUCGAUAGUUUUAUUUAAAUGCUUCGUUUCGCCAGCAUUCACGCUCUAGCAUUCCUCGCUCAGACUUCCUUUAGCCAAGAGAGCUCCCAUGGUGCUGCAGAGUGCAUUAAUAGUGGUGAUGAUCUUACACACCAGACUUGCUAGAGCAAAAAUCUGUGGGCAAUCAGGUACUAUCCGACCAGCAACAUAUGUGCCCCAGCAGGACUAAACUCCAUCUGAUGUCCAGUCCAGUUCGACAAUAUGCCAAUUACAUCUGACUCUACUACGACUGCGACCACAUUCUCGACCCAGGCGAUCUCAGAGCUGUGUGAUGUCUUUGGUGGUUGUUCUGUACCGAACACUACUCCAGCCGUGACCGCAACAAACUCCGAACAGGGUAGUAGGUCUGGCAAUGGUUCUGCUCUUGCACCGAGCACACCGGCUUCUGAUUAUGAAAUCUGUGACAUUGAUGGAUGGCACACCAAAUUUCAGUCUUCGUCUGACACUGGUACUAAAGCGGACACCGAAACUGGCUCUGGAACUAGAUCAGGGACGGGCUCUGGAGCUACAUCUGAGACCGGCCCUAAUACUGGCGACAGGCCAGAUACCGACACCGACACAUCUUCAGACACCGCAGGCGAUAGCAGCGGGGCAAGAAGCGUCAGUGGUGCCGUCCUCUUGGGUGUUGUCAUUGCUGGAGCGGUCUCACAAUGGCAAACUUUUGCGUCGCUACUUGCUCAGCUUUCACGAAUUUCUAUUCUACUACCCUCAUUUCAGCUUAUUCGGACAAUGGCGACAACUGCAGAGACACAGCAGCUCAUUGACAAGUACAUUCUGAUACAGCUGGUGGGCGAAGGCCAGUACGGAAAGGUGUACAAGGCAGUGCACCGCAGCCGAGGACUGGUGGUGGCCCUAAAAAUCAUCAGCAAGGUGAACCGCAAGCGACUCGACAUCGAGACAUAUCGCGAGGAGAUGCGCCUGCUGCAGCACCUGAACCACCCGCACAUCAUCCGCCUAAUCGAAUACUUUGAGACGGACACAGAUAUCUAUAUCGUGCUGGAGUACUGCAAGUGUGACCUGUCGGUGUACUUGAAGCGCAAGGGAGGGUUCCUGAAAAUGGAGGAGGUGCGGGAGAUCGGGCUGCAGCUUGUAGCAGCGCUAAAGUACCUGCACACGCUGGGGGUGGUGCACCAUGACAUUAAGCCGCAGAACGCGCUGAUCGGGUGCGAUGGCCGGGUAAAGCUAUGCGAUCUCGGGCUGGCGACGCAGCUGACGCGAGACGGCAAGCCCAUAUACGUGCACACACUCAAGGGGACGCCUCUAUAUAUGGCGCCGGAGAUGCUGCGCAGGGAGCGGUAUACGAACAAGGCGGAUCUGUGGUCGCUCGGAGUUGUGCUGUAUGAGCUGUUUGUGGGAAAGACGCCGUUCCGGACCACCAGCCUGGCUGACCUGAAGCAAAACAUCAUGGAGGAGGACAUUGUUUGGCCGAAGCGGAUCCCAGCACAGCUGAAGGAGUUUCUUGAGGGGUUGCUGCAGCGGGACCCGGCAAAGAGGAUGCUGUGGCACGAGCUGCGGCGGCAUCCGUUCUUGUUGUCGAUGGAGACAGAAGAGCAGGCAAUGCAAGGGGAAGCAGACAUGGCGCAAGAAGGCGAGCUACUGCAAUACCAUUAA